GCUGUAGAAACAGAAAACUAAAAGUUUCGUAGUAGCUGAAUAGACGUUGUGUUGAACUAUAAUGUCACGGUACGUUGCCAUUAGAAGUUACUCGCGCCGUUGCUAGCGCUGCGACCAUCAAGGUGACUACAGUGAUGUACUAAUUAGAGAUCGGAUGCAGAUCGGCACGAUGUUCGUUAACGCCGAAGGUGAAGGAGGUAACAUGGUAGGCCUAAUCAUUUUUCUAUGACGAAUGAAAACAACACUCUACGGCAUCGACUGUUACCUAAGUGAAGUGCACGGUGGUGUGGCUGGUGCCCGAAUCCUAGCGAAGGCUGCAGCCGCUAGAUGCGGUUGAGUAGUUUGGUUUGUGGAGUGUUAAACCUGGCAGAGUCAUGAGUCGCCAGGGUUGCAAGUGGACUUGCCCGCACUGCACGUACGAGAACUGGCCAAAGGCGCUGCGUUGUGUCAUCUGCCAGAAUCCUCGGCCCACUCUAAUAGAAGAGGAAGUGUCCAGCGAGGAACGCGACAUUUACAAGAUCUCACCCCUAGUAUCCCCUGAUCCGGCCAACCCAUACCAGAAAUGGGCAUGCGGUCGGUGCACUUAUCUCAACUGGCCCCGGUCAAGCAAGUGCACCCAGUGUCUGCAACCACGGGGGCUGCCAGGUACCGCACCGGCCAGCCCGCCAUCAAGCCAGCCGCAGCAGGCCACGACGUCUACUGAAGCAGCCCACAGCAGUACUGACCUACGCUGCAAGUGGACUUGCCAUGCCUGCACCUAUGAGAACUGGCCAAAGUCACGAAAGUGUGUCAUGUGUAAUGUGGCUCGUCUGAAAGGUGACUCGGCAGCUGGCAAUCGGACUCCUGAUCCUGAUGACCAGCGAAAUAACUCUGCAGGAGUUCCAUCAAUCUGUACUGGUGGUAGCAACCGUCUCACAGGAACAACUGAAAUUGAGGUGCAAGUGUCUGCGGAUGAAAACCCACCCAGCAACAACUACCUGUGCAGUUUGCGGCGACAGGUGCGGGAAGUGGAUCGGCUAUGGCUGAAUGCCUGUCGGGCUGUUGUAGACGGAGAUCCUGAGCCGAUCAGCCGUUAUCUAAGCUCGGGUGGAGACCCUGCACGACAGCUGACUCAUGCCGAGGCAGGGCUGCUAGCUCGCACUGCCAACUUUGACCCAGGCUUCACCCUUGCACACAUGGCCAUUCGCCAAGAGCGUGAAGAUAUCUUGGCUCUGCUGCUAUCAGAUUCCGGUGUGACUCACCCUGUUGCUAAGCGGGUUCCAUCAGAUGUUGGACGAGAUGCUGCUGCUGACAUUCGACGCCACAUUACUGCCUCUUUCAAACAAAAGAAGGGACCUUUUUCUUGCUACUUUGUGACUGAAUUCGUCACUUUUGCAUUACCCACAGAAAUCAGAGAGUUUCAUCCAUCUGUGCAGAAGGUUCUGUUUGAUGAACUACUGGAUCAGGAUGUUCAAAAAGAACUUGAGGAAGAUUCAGCCAUCAUCAACUGGAGCUUGGAGCUUACUGAGACCUUGGGCUCAAGGCUGUAUGCCCUCUGGAAUCGCAGUGCUGGCAACUGUCUUCUAGACUCUGCACUACAAGCCACCUGGGGUGUGUUUGAUAGGGACAAUUCGCUACGGCAAGUUCUUGGAGACAGCUUGUGCGAGGCUGCCUCAGUGCUGUAUCCCCGGUGGCGAGAAGCAGAGGCCCUGCAGGCUCGGUUGCUGCAUUUCUCGCUGGACGAGGCACAAUGGCAGGAAGACUGGGCAACUCUUGUUUCCCUGGCUGCACAACCUGGAUCAGCACUCGAGCAGAUGCAUGUGUUCACUCUGGCUCAUGUGCUACGGCGUCCCAUUGUUGUGUACGGCGUCAAGUAUGUCAAGAGCUUUCGUGGCGAGGCCCUUGGCUAUGCCCGUUUUGAAGGCAUCUACAUCCCUCUCCUGUGGGAGCCAAGUUUCUGCUGGAAGUCCCCUAUUGCACUUGGCUACACACGUGGUCAUUUCUCAGCCCUGGUGCCCAUGGAACCAGAGCCUGAAGUGAUUUGUGGUGCUGGAGCUAAUACGCGGGAUGACCUGCAGGUGGCCUUCCUUCCUCUGAUGACAGCUGACCGUCAGCUGUUGCCGCUGCACUUCCUCACUCAGGGAGAGGUUGGUCGUGAGGAGGAAAUAAUCAAACAGUGGCUUGACUGCUGUGUCACGGAAGGUGGCCUCCUUGUGGCCCAACAGAAGGUACCCCGGAGUUCCCACUUGGUGCUACAAAUGGUGGACCAGUGGCUGGAGGCCUAUCGCAAACUGUCACCCCACCAUCGGCUCACCGAUUCUCAGAGUGGCUACUCGAGUGAUGGUGAUUCUGAUCAAGAGUAGCGCAUGCUAUAUGUCCCGGGUGAAAUGUCACCCAGGGCAUUCCAAGCAGAGCUGCUUACUUCCCAUGUCACCCAACAUGAGUUUAUCAGUAGAGGGCUGGCCAUUUCAAAGAUGUGUAAAUUUGUUGUAAGACUAUGAAACCAGUGACCAGCCGUUCUGUGAGAGCUCUGCACUGUGUGGGCGGCAAGGUGUGACCGUCAUCUCCUGUUUGAAAGUGCCAAUUCCUUGGCCUUUGACACAUUUGUGUGUUCCUUUGUUAUUGUUGUUUUCGUUGUGUGUGUUUCUGUGUUAGUGUGUGCGCACACUUCUUUUGCUGUGUGCACUUAGCCAAAUAUAGUGGGGUACAGAAGUUGAUGUUCAAUACUGAAAUACAAAGUCCUCUUGUGCAAAACAGCAUGUGCAUACAUGCAGAAUGUUGUCCACCUAUGCUCAUUAGGGUUCUUCCUGCUGGUAUGACCCUGCCACAAGUUUUCCUUUUAUGCAUGAUUAGGUAUAUGAACAGUGGGACAUGAGACAGAGGCUGUUUGAAAGCAUUCAGAAAUUAGUCUUUGUAGGUUUGAAAGGGAGAAAGCACAUCCCCUUUGGUAGACCUGCUGAUGUACAACUCAUGGGCAGUAGUGAUGUACGACUAUUUCUGAUUGAAGUAUAUUCUCUACAAUCUAGUGAACUAGCUUGCUUUCAGUAAGUAGGGAUUACAGUCGUUUGUUCUGUAGCAGCCUGCACAAACGCAUCAGUACAUGAGAGACCAAAAAAUACAGCAGUAACAAUGCCAAUACAUGGAAGCAGAGUAUGUAUACACAAGAAUGCUGCUUAGCAGCUUGUAAAAUAAGUGAAAUCUGUAAAUGCAUAAAAUGCAUCAUUUUGGGCAAAUUGUUUACAAACAUCCCUUCAAUGGGCUGAUGCACAUUAGUUUGUAUCAUUGGCUUAUCCUUGUCACUGAUCAGCAGUUUCAUGUUAAAUGUGUCAUUAUAAUUGUAUAAUGCUUACCUGAUUGAGCUUUUCCUGUCCAUAUAUUUGUGUACAGCUGUCAGCACGCUUAGCACAAACGCUCCGCAGCCUGAUCUUGACCAGCUUGUACUGACGCCAGCACCAUGAAAUGUUGAUCCAUAUGUUUGCGGCGGCUGACGAUAGUGAGCCUGCACACUCCCUGCCAGUCAGACACAAGUGAAAGACAAGUGACCAGUCAAAUCGAGGUGCGUUCCAGCUAUCGUCAGUCCAAGCCAGUCCAGGCCAGACUGCGGAAUGUUCAUAUUAGCGUGCUGACAGCUGUACGUUGGUCUUUCCAUUUAUUCAACAAUUUUUGUGCUUACCUCUGUAUUUUAAAAGGUCUCUCCGCUCAACGCUCCGCCUUGACAUGAGAAAGUCUAUGGCAGCACUGCCCCUCAGCUGUAGUGGUCUCUGCAUAAAGUGAUAAUCGGCAGAAAUCCUUUAGAAGCGUGGUACCGUGUCCAUUCGAGUGCUGCUGUUGUGCUCAAUUUGGUCGAGCAAAGGAUGAACUUCAAGUGGAGGCUCUUUUAAGAAUAUGGGGGGUAGUAUGUUGACCACUGGGUGCAUUAGUGUUCCAGACUAUACCGUGCAGCUUAUUAAUAUCCAACUUGUUUCAGCAAUGUCAGCGUUGUCUCCAGCAGUUAGAAUAACUGCACCUGCUUUUUUCACUCAUUUCCAUGUUUUAAAAAUAAGUGGCUAGUAUUGCAAACUAUUGUGCACACAUGCUGUGUUUCUUUUCUUUUUUGAAAAGCCUGAUUGAUAUUUCAAAACCAUAUUUCAUGCUGUACAUUACAGUGUAAUUGAAGUACAGAGCAUAGAUACCAGUCUAUGGACUCCCCUGAAGAGAGUGCAUUGCUCUUAGCCCUAACCAUGCUGAAGUAUUGUAACAGGCUGUAACACUUAGGCCCACAGACUGCACACCACCUUUUGGCACUUUUGAAGCAAUCAAAUGUGUGCCUUCUAUAACAGCUGGACCAGUGGUUGCACCAGCCCCCUGAGUGGUCAGGGUCCUUUGCCGUCCCAUUUCCACCCUACUCUGACCUCCCCCACCCUUUCAACACGUGAGUGUGCAGUCAAAUAAUACAGGCCCCACAAGCACUGCAGCCAGUGCAGUUAUGUUUUCACCACUUCAGAGUAUACAUUUAUUUAUUUGCAAAGUUGGAUGACGUAGUGGACAGUGUCAGCUAAUGCACAAUGCAUUAGGCACGUAAUAUAUUUACGUAUACAUAUAUAUGUAUGUGUAUAUGUAUAUAUAUACUGACACAAUGUAACCUCUUCAUUUCGCAAAUUUGUGUGAUAAUUUCUUUUUCAAGAGUGAGAAAAAGAAUAGGUAUGUGUGCUUGUGGUGCUCAUGUGUGUUGUGUGCAUGUGUAUAGUGUAAUAAAUGCAAUCUAGAUUUAUAUCAUAGUUGUAAUAUAUUGCACAGUUAUAUAUAUAUAUAUAUAUAUAUAUAUAUAUAUAUAUAUAUAUAUAUAUAUAUAUAUAUAUAUAUAUAUAUAUUGCACAUGCCAAUUUGUUUUAAUGAUGACUGUCUCCAGUCAUUAAAAAUUUAGGGAUUUGAGACAAAAUUACAACUUUUACAUGACAUAGCUAUGAUGGACAUUGAAUGCUGUGUGGCAAUUGCCAAUAGUGUGUUUAAUUAACUAAAUGUUAGCUAAUGAAGUAUGUUAACAUACUUGUGCUCAUUGCAGAGUUGAAGUUGAUCAGUGCUUCUAGGCAUGUUAACCUAAUUGAAAUCAUGAGAAAGCAGUGCUGUUCUCCGAAUUGCUACCUUGAGCUCUGACCAGCUUAAAUUUUGAAACUGCGACAUGUUUUUUCAAAAAUUGGUUUGUGAACUUUAGCUUAUUGGCCUUGGUCACACAUUUUCUGGUGUCCACCACCAUUAAUCUUGGCCAGCAUAAAAAUUUCUGGGCUCUCCAAUUUUUAUUAAUUGGGGAUGACUGUCAUGGAAACACCCAGUGCAUGAAUGAAAUAUAAUGGUAGCCAGAGCACCCAAUCUUUGUACCUCCCUCAAUGUGUGAUGUUUGGAAGCAGCAUUGUUCUGGUUUUUGUUUCUGUUGAGUAUUGUGUGCUGCAGUCAUAACAUGAGCAGAGGUUCCUGGCGCUGGGUGUCUGAUGUGAUUCAGCUUUUAUUUGAAGUUUUGUUUUUGUAGUUGUUCCAGGGUAGUUGCUGUGUUUUAGGCUGUGAAUUACCGUUUUCUUGUUUGUGCUAAUAACAUAAAGCUGUUUAUUCAGCACUCCGAGUACAAGCUCCGUUUUUUAGAAGCACGACAGUUUGAAACGCAUUGGUAGCAGCAUUCAUAUAUAUGCAGCAUAGAUAUUAGUCUAGCUGUAUAUUGACAGGAAUCUAGGUUUUCACUGGCCAAAUAAAAUGUUUAACAUAUUUA